AUGGGCGCCGGAAAAGACCCUGUUGGGCAGGCGGAACCCUCUGUUCCUCCCGCCCUCGAGAAGAAGAAAAGGAAGAAAACUUCCUCCAAGCCAGCGCCGGAAGCUUCCGCGCCGGAAACCUCUGCACCGCCACCGCCACCGGAAACCUCUGGUCCCCAAGCAACCGGGCCCACGCCAACGCCUCCACCGACCCAGGAAGCUCCCGCGGCAGCGCCUAAGCCGCCGCCGGCGUCCCUUAAGCCGGGGGCGUCACGCGGAAAGGGUGCGGACGGCAGCUCCUCAGGCGGCGCGCAGCCAUUGGUGCUGCACACCGGUCCUGCCGCCAUGACGGUCCAAGACAAACCUUCCGGCCUUUUGGGCCGGAUCGUUGAGCUUAAACGCGGAGGCCAGGACUUGGGGCCUCUCCUUCCUUACGCCCAGCGCUGGAACGCUGCUGACAUCUCCGCAGCUACCCGCGGCAUAGGGAAGGACCGCCUCCCGGCGCCAGAUCCUGCCGGCCCUCGCUCAACUGAAGAACACUUCACGCGCCUCAAGCGCGCCGUGAAGGAGUUUGACAGCGCGUGGUACGACGCCACCGCCAACGUAGUGAGCACGGCCGACGCCCGGAAAGCCCUCUUUGAGGAGCUUCUAUGGGAGCACCGGAGCCUUGCUGAGGCGCACAGCAAGUGCCUAGCUGUUCCGGAAGCCUCCAUUGAGGCCCUCAAGGAGCAGGUUGCCAAGCUCCAAGCUGAAAAGGAGCAGCUCAUCCGGGAUCACCAGGAGGCCUUGAGCGCCCAACAGGAUAUCUCCAGAAAGCUCAAGGACCAGGCUAUGCAGGCCGGAGCCCGGUACGCUAAGGAGCUGAAGGCCGCCGAAGCUGCCGCGGAGGCCAGGCUAAACGAGGCGCUGGAGGAUGCCGGGCUCUUUCCGGACUCCCAGGCCCAUGCGAUGAAGAAGGUUGCGGAGCACCGGGCAAAGCAGGCCGGCGCCAACUUGGGUGCACCUUGGGAUCCCUACGAUCACUUGGUUGCCCUAAGCGCGCGGAUCUCCCACAUGCGCUCAGUGGAUCGGAAUCUUUCCGACAUCCCUGAAGUAGCCUCCCAACUUUUCAAGACUCUUUGGCCUGGUGAAGUGGUGCCGGAUACCUUCUCCCUGAUCAGCGACCGGUUAAAGGGAUUACAUCUUUCAGGAAUUUUACUGCUGUGUGGCCAUCACAUUUUGCGAUAG